AUGAGGAACUUUGACCUGUCGCCAGUCCGGAUGAACUCGACGUUUGUUGUCCCCCCACCACCGGAGCAGUCGCUGAACGCCUCGUUUGACCUGACGGUACAGGAUGACGAUGAUCCCGUCUGCAUAUCGGAGAGAUCUUUAGGUGAUGCGCCCCUCACUGACACCGUCGUGGUAGACGAGGACACCACCUACGAGAUCGUGGAGAGCGGGACCAUCCGUCGCUGCCGGAAGCUGAUCGCCACCGAUGGCUAUUCAUACACGGUUAAGAGCUCCAACCCCACCACAACUCAGUGGAGAUGCGCUGUCCGGAACCGAUCGACAUGGUGCCGCGCUUCCGUCAGCCAGAGAGGAACCACGUUCACGCCCGGAUCAGCAGACCACAUCCACCCUCCUGACCAUUCCACAGCCAUGCUUGUCCGUGUCAAGAAACAGAUCUGGGAAGAUGCCAACGCUCAGCCGUUUACAUCUGCGCAGACGAUAGUGGAGGAGAAGCUGCAGGCCAACGUUGAUGACGACGACUUCGACUUGCCGAAGCCCGCCAACCUGAUCCGGUUCGCCAACCGAUGUCGGCAGCACAUUCGCCCCGCAGAGCCGGUUGACCUGGACUUUGAGUUGCCACACCUACCCAGCUUCGGCUUCUGCAGGAGCGUGUUCCCGGGUGUGGACCUGAAGGGCUGCAGUUUUCACUGGGCCCAAGCUGUCCUCCGCAAGGUCGACAGUCUUGGACUUAGGGCCACCUUCAGGAAGCGUCAAGGUGUUGCGGAAUACAUCCGGAAGUUGAUGGCGUUGCCGUUCCUCCCGUCGCCUCAGAUUCACGACGCCUUUGUGAAGCUGAAGCGUCUGGCCAACACCCCAGAGCUGACUCAGCUGGUCGAUUACCUCGACAGAUACUGGUUCAGGAGCGGUGUCUGGUCGACUGCGAACUGGUGCGUCCAUCGACAGUCCGUCCGCACCAACAACGACGUAGAGGGUUGGCAUCGCAGGAUCAACACCAAGGCUCGCCGGGCGAACCUCCCGUUCUACAUGCUCGUCCCAUUGCUUCACCAGGAAGGCCGCCUGGUCACCCUCCAGAUGAGGCUGGUAGCCGAGCAGGCCCUGCGUCGCCAGCAGACUACAGUGUACCGCCGGAUCCAGGGGAAGAUCCAGACGUUGUGGGACCAGUAUGCUGAGCAGGAGAUCUCGAGCUCGACCUUCCUGAAGACCGUCGGCAAGAUCUACUGCCCAGCGACGGUCCGACCAACACCAGACGACGAAUGAGGAGUAUACCAACAUCUCCGCGCCGACCAGUUCACAGUCGAACAAGGCCAUGCCACACCCAGGAGGCAGGUCACACACACACAAA